AUGGCAAAGGAAAAGAGUUUUGUUCCGUUUGCCCUAUUUUUGUUUCUUUGUUAUGCGAUACUUUGCUUCGGAGCUCCUACGACCGAGCAACCAUCAGAUAUUUACGAUAUGAAAAAGUCAGAGCUAAAGAAUCCACUGUCAACUAAAAACAGUGAGAAUGGAAAAUGGAAUAAUGUGUUCAGACCAAUUUUGGGAGAUACCUUGAGUAUCUCAAAUAUAAUAUUAGGCCCCAUAAGAAUGCUGAUUAUAAUUAUGAUUGACCUUGCUGAUCAUUUGAUACCACAAAGUAAAGGCAAAGACACGAAUAGCUCCUAUAGUGGUUUGGAGCAAUUUAAAGCUGAAAUUAAGGGUAUUGUACCAGGAACUAAAUGGUGUGGUGCUGGAAAUAUCGCCUCUAACUCAGAUGAUUUAGGAGCAGAUAGUGAAGUUGAUUCAUGUUGUAGAAAUCACGAUAUGUGUUCGUUAAAUAUUCCAGCGCGAUCUAGGAAAUAUGGUUUGAAAAAUGGUGGACUAUUUACUAGAUCAUCGUGUGACUGCGAUGCCGAAUUUUACAAUUGCCUCAAAAAUAAGCAGGAAAAACGGGCUGAUCAAGUGGGGGUAACAUAUUUUAAUACUCUUGGGCCACAAUGUAUCCAGAAGGUCGAUUGCAGCGAUCCUGAGAAAAAAUGUAGAAGACGCCAGAGAAAAGGAACCCAAUAUCAAUGGUCAGACAAUCCGAAAUAUUAA